AUGGACGAGGCGCAGGUGGGGGAGGUGGUGGUGGAGGAGGACGAGGACGAGGGGGCGGCGGACACGUCGUCGGGCGUCGUGCUGCGCUACCUGGCGGGCGGCGACGAAGUCGAGUGCGUGGACGGCGCUCUCGCAGGGGUGGAGCUGCACCAGGUGGACUUGAGUUCCGGGCUCGAAGGAAUUCAGGGUAUAAGUGUCACAGGCAUUGACGAUGAGAGGGAAAUCAUUUCACUUGCAGAGAAUGUGCUCAUCUCCACCACAAUAGGCGAAGGUGACUUUGCAGUUCUUAAUUGGGAAGGAGAGGAGAUCAUUGAGAUGUCGACCUCAGAGACAUUUGAGGAGCUAGAACAACAGAUACAGCAGACUGUGUCUUCAGCAGAUGGUUCAGGGGAAGGUGGAAUUCCAGUUGACACUGCCUCUCUGGCCCGACACAUCCUCCUAGCAAGCCGAGCAGAUAGCACUACUGCAUCAGCUGAAGCCAACAAUAACAUUAUUGUGGUGCGAGAAGAUGAAGGGUGUCCAGCAUCAUCAAGCUCUAUACCGUCCACAUCCACCUGCACUGUAGCAGCCAGCCAAGCGUCCUCAUCAACUAGCACUGCAACAGUGGUGUCUAGUAACGUAAAUAACACUGCUUCAGCUGGUUCCUCGCGGAGCUCCUCAGCGUUGGUAGCUGGUGCUGCUGCUAGUGUACGCAGCCCUCUGGCCUCCCCACCUGGUCCUUUCUCUCCUCAGAACUCGGGCAUCUCCAGCUCAGGCUCUGCUGCUGGAGAUGCCACAUCAUCUCCUCAGCGCACUGAUGGAGUAUCUUCCAGUAGGGAUAAACAAGCAUCGCCAGAGGAUACCAACAUUGACACUACAUCAACAACUUCCCGUCAGGGUCAGCUCCAACCAAGGAGGGGGCAGAAUUCUAGUGUGAGCUCUGCUUCUGAUGCAGCCACCCAGCGAGACAGAUCAGCAUUACCUGCAGCUGUGAGAAGCCGUAGCACUGGGAGCACAGAGGCAUCAAGUGGUAGUAGCAGUGCCACCAGCUCUACAGCAGAUGCAGGUCGCAACCACUCAAUGAGCUCAGAAGCUCAACCAGCCCCCAGGAGAGCGUCAACCACUGAGCCGAUUGCUGUUCCUCUUGAAACAACAUCAGCCGCAAAUAGUGCCUUAACAGCUUCUACAGAUGCUUUGUCCUCCAGUGUGGUGUCUUGUUCUACAGCAAAGAAGAGCCCUCCACUGAAGGCAACUGAACAAUCCACGUCUGUCACUGAAGCCUCAAAAUCCGGAAAUUCUAAGUCUUCUGUUUCAACUUCAGAUUCCUCCCCUUCUCAUCGUGCAUCUGCUCCUACAUCUGAAGCAGCUGUGAAACAGCCUCCUGCAGCUGCAGCUACUAAUUCUACUCCUGCAAAAGGAACCAAAGCAUCUAAUCAGGCUGCCUCAUCCAGUUCAUCAGGAGAUCCACCUGCAGCAAAGGCUCUGUGUAAGACUUCAAUUUCCUCUGGUACUGGUGAAAAUAAGAAGCCACCAACAUCUGUAACAAGUGAAGUGAAGAACUCAGAAAGCAGCUCUGCAAAUAUCCAAGAAUCUCCAGGUACAAAUCUCAAUGCACGCAAUGCAAAAGCAGAUUCUAAUUCCAAAUGCAAGGAUCCUUCAAAACUUGUGUGUUCCCUUUCCCAAGUGCCAGAGAAUAUCCAGCUGCAGAAAACAGCAUACAGCCAACUUAUGAAGCCAUCUAGUGCAGCUCCAGCUGAUGAGCAAAAUGUGUCUGCUGGGAGUUCAUCAGCAGAUGCUGCAAAAUUGCCAACAUCAAACGCUUCUGGAAGGCUUUCUUCAGUGGCACAUAUGCAAGCAAAAAAGCAGAUGUCUGAUAGUGUGAGCUCCAAGGAACCGUCAGCAACACCUGCAACUCAGCAGUGUGGUCUAGAGAUGCAGUCUGCAGGACCAGGAGUGCCAACAGCCAGUCGGGGGGCAUCAACUCUUUCAACAUUUGGAGGGGUAUCAUCUCCUUCAGGACCUCGGCCUAGGACCCCAGGUGUGCUUAUUCAAAGACCCUCUGCACCAGAAAGGCUAAGAUCAUCCACACCACUCUCAUCACCUGCAGCAAGACAAGCCACUCCUGAUUUCCAGGGACAGAGAACUAUCACUUCUCAGAGUGCAGCAACUGCAGAGAAAUCUACACCUAAGUCUGCUGAAAGUAUUUCAGCUGAACAGAAACCAGCAGUUGGAAAGCUUGUUUCUGAAGAUCAGAAAUUAAAAGAUACAUUGUCCACUUCUACUCCACAACAACCAUGUACCCCUACUCCAGUAUGUUUUCCUGAAGCUCCACCAAGAGAACAAAAGUCAGAUGAUGAGAAAGAAACAAGAAAGCCAGAUUCCGCUGCUACAACGGCUCAGAAAACUCCUGUGGUUGCAACAGAAUUGGCUGUGUCUGACCCUGCGUUUCAGAAAAUUGUUCCCAAAAGCUCUGCUCAGGAACCUAGUGACACAGGAGCAGAUGAGGAGCAAAUAUCUUCAGAAAAUUCAAUCCAAAAGCCGGUAGUGAUAGCAACAGGUCAGAAGCCACCUUCUUCAGUACAGACAGGCAGAACAACAAUAAAUAAACCUACUACUACGAUUACUGCUUCUGCUGAUGCUGAAACUGCAUCGCAGAAAGCAACAGUUGAGAGAGUACCAGUACAACAAUCAGCUAAAAUUGAUCCAGUAAAAAACCCAGCAUCCAGAACAACACAGAAAACUGCAAUCCCUGAAACAUCCUCACAAAGACCUUCUUCUGUAACACCAGUGCUGAAAUCUACAGAAUCUGGCAGACUUGUACAGAAACCUGCAGCUCCAGUGACACCUGUACAGAAACUUCCAGAUCCGGGUACACCUGCGCAGAAACGUGCAGUAGUUGGGACCCCUGUUCAGAAAAAAGCAGCUCCUGGGGGACCUGCUCAGAAACUUGUAACUCCUGGCACAUCUGCUUCUGAAACAUCUGCAAAGAAACCAGCACCAGCGACACCUCAACAGAAACCUGCAGUCCUUGGGACUCUUGCCAAGAAAUCUGCUCCUGGAACACCUGCACAGAAACCUGCAGCUCCUAGGACACCUUUACAAAAACCUGCAGCUCCAGGGACACCUGUACAAAAACCUGCAGCUCCAGGGACACCUGUACAAAAACCUGCAGCUCCAGGGACACCUGUGCAAAAACCUGCAGCUCCAGGGACACCUAAACCUACAUCUCCUACAACAACUGCACAGAAAACUGCAGCUCCUGGAUCACUCACACUGAAGACCACAACUUCUGGGACAUUUUCUCAGAAAGCAGCUGCUCCUGGGGCACCUGUUCAGACUCUAUCAGCUGGUGGCCCGUCAGUUCCUUCAUCCCCUGGAACACCUACUUUGAGAUUGACUACUGAAAAACCUACACAAAAACUAGCAGUUCCUGAUGCUGGUGUGUCUCCUGGCCCUCUUGUUCAGAGGCCUACCCUUUCUGGACCUACAUUUCGAAAACGUACUAACUCAGAGCCACAAAGUGGAAAACUAACAGAAUCAGAUAUUCCAACCCUAAGAAAAGCUGCUGCAGAAAUGCUGGCUGAGAAGCAGGAAUUGUCUAUUCGUGAGACUCCUACCCAGAAGCCAGCAACUGCAGGAACUACAGUCGAGAAACCUGAAACCAUGGGAACUUCAGUACCGAAGCCAAAAAAUGCAGCGAAACCAGACCAAACGCAAGAAACUACUGCAACUGCAUCCCCUAAACCUACUGCUGCCGCAGAGACUCCCACUGAGAAAUCAGCAACUACAAGAAUUUUGUAUCAGAAACUAAUAGGUGAAGCAACCACAGCUGAAAAUCCCAUUACUCCAGGGACUUCAAGCAAAAACACAAAUCCUGCAGGAUCUUCAACACAGCAUCCUCUCACUACAGGUAUUAUAGUUCAGAAAAAAGAUGCAACAGCAGCCCCGGCCCUGAAAUCCAUUGAUGAUGGAACUCAAUCCUUGAAACCAGGUGAUGCUAGUCCAGCCUCAAAAUCAGCAGAUGUUGCAACUCCAGCCCGGAAAUCAGCAGAUGUUGCCACUCCAGUUCCGAAGGCAGAUGCUGCUGCAACCCCAACCUCAAAGCCAGCCGAUGCAGACAAUGCUGCAAUUCCAGCCUCAAAGCCAUCCCAUGCUGCAACCCCAGGCCCCAAGCGAGCUGAUGCUGCAACCCCAGGCCUCAAGAAAAGUCAAGCUGCUACUCUGGGCCCGAAACCAGCUGAUGCUGCAACCCUAGGCCUGAAUACAACUGAUGGUGCAACUCCAGACACGAAACUGUGUGAUGAUGCAACUCGAAUAUCAAAACCAGCGGAUGCUGAAACACCAGCCCCGAAAUCUGCUGAUGCUGAAACACCAGGCCCGACACGAGGUGAUGCUUCAUCGCCAGGUCCAAAGCGAGGAGAUGCCGCAUCUCCAGCCCGCAAACCAGCUACUGCUACU